CAAGAAGAGGCAUAUACAUCCACGAUCGAGGGUGGAAGUGGAACAAAUUCCCAAGCCCAGGGUGAACAUAAAGGUGCCAGCGAGAACGCUAGAGACGACAACAUCGGUUCCGAAGAAGCGACAACAGGUUACUGUCUCCGCGAGUGAGGACGAGUUCGAAGAUUUCGAUGGCGAGGAAAUCAAUGGAGCCGGCAGCAUGGACGGGAAAGAGGAAGACGAGGAGGACGAUUAUCCCAUCGCAGCGAAAGUGCCCAAGGCUGUCCAAGCGAAAUUGGACAACGAUGACGCAGAAAUCCGUGCGCUGGAGAAGAAGCUGGGCAUGCGGGGCAAAAGCAAUAAGAAAGUGGGAGACGAUGAACUGGAUUGGCUGAUAGGCGGUGGACUCAGUUCGGAGGACGAGGAUGGCUUUCCGCUGGCUAGUAAGAAGAGAGCGGCACCUGAGGAUGAGGAUUGGUUGAGGCAGAAGAGACGGAAGGCAGAGAAGCAGAAGACAACAAAAGUAGUGGAGCCGGAACUGGAAAGUAGCGGGUCCGAUGAGAGCGAUGGAGAUGACUUUGCGGAAUUCGCAACUGGUGACGAGGACGGCUUGGAGGGUGGCAGCGAAGAGGAUGAGCAGGAGGAUGAUAGUGAAGAGGAGAUCGAGAAUCCCUUCUCUGCUGAUGAGCUUUCCGACGAUGGUCUGGACGAAGACGACGAGAGUGUGGAUCAAGCACCAAAGGAAAGAGAGAAUCCAUAUGUUGCACCUACGGUCAAGAAUGCAGCCAAUUCUUCGACGCCAGCAGCAGGAAAAUAUGUUCCACCAUCAAUGCGUAAAGCCGCUUCCGGAGACGCAGAACUCCUGCAGCAGCUUCAGCGACAACUAAAUGGGCAAAUGAACAAGCUCUCAGAAGCUAACAUGCUGUCAAUUCUUGCUGCCGUCCAGGAUAUUUAUACGAAGAACGCCCGACAACAUGUAACAUCAGUCCUGAUUGAACUCUUCAAAAAUCGUGUAUGCGAUCGUUCUGUACUCACAGACAACGAAAUGAUCCUCCUUGCUGGCUUUGCGACAGCAGUCUACCGCACCACUGGAGUGGAUUUUGGUGCACAACUCCUGGAAGCAAUGGUAAACGCAUUCGACCAAUACCAUGCCGAGAGCAACUCCGAAGCAAAGCAGACUCUGAACAUCCUUGCCUUUCUUUCAAAUCUCUACACCUUACAUGCUAUCGGGUGUGAAGUCAUCUUCGACUACAUCCGCAUCCUGCUUGAAAACUUCUCUGAAAGCAAUACCGAGUUACUGCUGCGUGUCAUCCGAAUAUCUGGACAACAAUUGAGACAGGAUGAUCCUACGGCCUUGAAAGAUAUCGUACUUCUGCUUCAACGAGCCAUUAAUAAAGCCGGUGGUGCGGAACAAGUCAGCGUGAGGACAAAGUUCAUGAUCGAAACCAUUCACAACCUCAAGAACAACCGUACGACCUCCGGGGGAGCAGGCUCAGUCAGCAGUGUCGAGCAUACUGCUCGCAUGAAGAAGACUCUCGGUCAGACCAAAAGUCAGAAGACAUCCGAACCUUUACGAAUCAGCCUAGCAGAUAUCAGAGAUUCGGAAAAGAAAGGUAAAUGGUGGCUGGUCGGUGCAUCUUGGCGUGACCCUGCAAAAAUGGCCAACAGUACUAGUACAACAACAAUCCUGCAGUCAGCUCCUAUGCCCCCCACCAGCGAAGACUCCUCUGAUUCCGAUCCAACUGAACUCAACCUGGACGCCCUCGCCCGUGCUCAAGGCAUGAACACCGAUGUCCGCCGUGGAAUAUUCAUCUCUGUGGCCGGUGCUGUAGACCCUGUUCACGCACAUCUUCGCCUUCAAAAGCUCAACUUGAAGAAUAAACAACAAUUGGAAAUCCCUCGUGUGUUGAUUCAUUGCGUGUCAGCCGAACCGGUGUAUAACCACUUCUAUACUCUGGUGGCCUUGAAAUUCUGCUCGGGACGCCGCAUGGCCAAAGCGUGGCAAUUCGCACUUUUCGAUAUUUUCCGUCGAAUUGAAGCUGACGCUGACGCGGAAGAAGGAGAGGAGGAGUUGAGUGUGAGGAUGAUCUAUAAUGUUGCGAAACUGUACGCCACCAUGGUCGCAGAAAACCUAUUGCGCAUCACGAUCUUGAAGCCUCUGCAGUUUAUGGCUUUGUCCCUCAAAGCUCGGAUUUUUGCAGGAGUCCUUAUUACGACAUUGUUGGUACAAAUGAGAAAGAAGCAUGGGAAAGAAGGUUUUGGGAGCGCAGUCGAAGAGUGUUUCAAGCAGGCGCAUGGAGUGCCGGACAUGGUGAAAGGGUUGGAUUGGUUCUUGGAGAGUGAGCUUUUGGGGAGUGACAUGUUCGGUAGCAGUAAAAGAGAGAAGAAGGUUGUAGCUGCUGGAGUGGAGUAUGCUGUGGAGGUUCUGAGGGACGAGAAAAUGAUAGAGGGAGUAGCUUUUGAGGGGAGAGGUGGGGAAGAGAGUGAUUGAGAUAGGUACCGUACGGUCCGUACCUGUCUGUUCUGGCUCUUUCGACGGGCUCCCUCACUCUUUCUGGCCACGGCGCUCGCCACUUUCGGCCUGAGCACGUUGUCGUCCGCCUGAUUGAUCACAUACAGAAAACGAGGACGUCAUGGACCACCGGUACGAACCAAUCUUUCAGUGGCGGUGCAGCAAGAGUGUUUAACAGAAACAGCCUAAUUCGAUACCACGAAUCGGAAGAGAGAGGGAAAGAAAAAAUGCACGUUCUGAUUUCGGCUGUCUACUCUCCUCGGGCAGCGGCCACCCGCUCGGCCAUUACAUUGUGGUCAUGUCUUGGUACUACAGGAAGACAGGCGCGGGCCACUCAAUUCCGCUGGUGGAAGCAGAUGCUCCAGCGCUCCUCAUCAUAUGGAUCUCCCUCCACCGCCAUGGUGGAGUGGUUCAGCUGGUUGCUGAGAAAGACAACCAUAUCGUAUGGCUGGAGGUGCACAUGGAGCUGUCGGUCUGUCCAGUGCUGUUUAGUAGCGGCUCUUCGAACGAAUAAGAAAGGGGAAAGCGCUUGCGACACUGUACAUUCUGUAAGCUUUGCCAUGAGGUCGAGCUGAAUGUAUCUCGGGUCCAGGGCACCGAUCAGCCGCUCGUAUACUUCUUACGCUCUUAGUUCAUCGACCGCUGCCUACCUUAGUUCUCGCCCUCCCCCUGACUUCUUCGUACAAGAUAGAGCGGUGACUACGGAAGGGUGAAGAGCUAUGAAUCGGGCGCAUCCUCUUGACAGAUAUCGCAUUUCUCAUCAGGUUGGGGAUUUGCCGUCUCAACAAUGCUUCCAACAGGUAAAGCAGUCAAGAGUACCUUGCUGAUUAAACUUCUGGAGUUGACAUUAUAGUCCGUAGCCAGACGCGUACGAGCGGCAAGUGGGCUGUAUAUUCGCUGCUCUCAUCAAACGUGCGCAGCGACCGUGCUUCUCGAGUAUAUGGUGGCAGCAAUGUACCUCUCGAUCGAUUACGGGGCUUUGGUCAAGCGUGCUGCUGGACCGAGCACAUGUUGUGGGCGCACAUGGCGCAGGUGUAAAAUGGAAUUUCCUCCGGCUAUUUCGCGCGCUAGGGUGAGUGACUUGUAGGUCCAGGAUGGACAGUAGGUCUUCGUGCCGGCCUCGUCCUUGGUUCAGAGAACGUAAUUUUUCUCAAGACGCUGCAGCACGCUCGGUCGCUCGUCCUGAAGCUUGUUGAGAAUUGAGAGGGACAGGAGUCCACGGACACCGAGAAUAAUAGUAUUUUCUAUUGGUAUACUUCUGAUGGUGACGAUAU